CCUCAACUUUCACCAAUCGUCUCACAAAUCAAUCUUCCCAUUUUCGACAGACGCAACUCAACAACAAUCCCUCUUUCAGAUAUCUAUUUCUCUAUUGUGAACUCAGUUUCAGCUCGCAAUCAUGGAUCGCGGCUGCUACAACUGCGGUGAUUCUUCUCACCAGGCUCGCGACUGUCCUAAGAAGGGAACUCCAACUUGCUACAACUGCGGAGCCGAAGGACACGUCAGUCGCGAAUGCACUGCAGCUCCUAAGCCAAAGUCCUGCUACAAAUGUGGAAGCCAAACUCACCUUGCUCGUGACUGCACUGAAGCCGGCCCCGUUGGCGGCGGUGGUUCUGGCUGGGGUAGUGCUGGCGGUAAUGGUGGUUCUGGCUGGGGCAGUACCGGCGGGAAUGCCUACGGCGGUGGAGGUGGCGGCGGUGGUCGUGAGUGCUAUCGUUGCGGCGGUCAAGGUCACAUAGCGCGUGAUUGCACCUCCGGUGGUCCCCAAGGCGGCUAUGGUGGCUACAGUCGUGGUGGUGGUGGUGGCGGCGGCGGCGGCCAAACCUGCUACUCCUGCGGCGGCAUCGGCCACAUGUCUCGUGACUGCACUCAAGGUCGUUCGCAGAAGUGCUACAACUGUGGUGAGCAAGGCCAUCUGUCUCGCGACUGCCCUUCUGAGCCAAGCUCUGAACGCAUCUGCUACAAAUGCAAGCAACCUGGCCACGUUCAGUCUGCUUGUCCGGCUUAGACGCCUUGCAAGCCUGCCUGCCGAAAUCCUUCUUUUCCUUUCUCGUCCGUUUCACAACAUACAUGGUCACGUCAAAAUUGAGUGACAAAAGUUUGUUCUCGCUCUCGACGACAUGCGUUUGAGGAUCCACUGGAAUUAUUCCAUCUCAACUGACUACAAACGUCAAUCAUCCUGGAUACCAAUCUGGUGAGAGGGGUUCUUCGUGGAGUCGAGGGGAUGUGGAACAGAAAUGAUUAGGUCAAUGAUGCAAAGCAAGGCGGAAGAAAUCUGGAGGUUGCACAUGGUCAGCGGGUUCCUGGUGACGAGUCAAGGAUAUCAAGGGUCCAGCUACGAUGGCUUGCAUCUGAUUCACUACGCUAUUUCGAGGCAUAACGGACCUGGGUUUGGUUAUCAUGCAAGCUUGAAUGAAACAACAAAACAAGUGCUUGAGCUCGAUUCGAGGGCUCGUCUGUUCAAGGCAGAAUUGCAGCUAGACGGUCUUGACCAGUCAAUGCAAUCGAUGACCUUGGACUGGGUGGUUUUCCUUCC